AUGCGGAAGGGCAGGCACCAUCUCCUCUGCGGACAUCUCCCGCCCCUGUGCAUCCCGGAGGAACCUGGUGCACGCAAGGUCCGGCUUCUCAGCGCCAGCCCUGGGGACCGUCCCUUGGGCUAAGCCAGUCCAGCACGGAGGGGAAGCUCUGGCACACAGCAGCGCUGCGGCAGGUGUCCGGUCUCCAGGGGCGGGUGCAGCCGCAGAAAGCCGCGGCGGAGCACUGCAGCCAUCUUCGGGGUGGAGGCGGAGAAGGGGCGCGGCCUUGGCCCGGAGCCGCCCCGCCGGAGCGGCUCACCGCGGACUUUCCUGCUCUAGCGGCGCCCGGCCGCGCAGAGGCCGCCAUGGGCUGUGCGCGCUGGCUGGCGCUGGGCGGCCUCCUGGCCCUGGCAGGGCUGUUGCAGGCCCGGCUGCUGCUCCCGCAGCAAGCGGGCUUCGGCGAAUGCGACCGUUUCUUCUACGCGGGGACCCCGCCUGCCGGGCUGGCGACCGAAGCGCACGUGAGGAUCUGUCAACGCUUCGCGGGCUCCGAGCGCUUCGCUACUCUGUACAGUCCGGGCCACCGCAUCCCCGUGUUCUCCGCGUUUCGCGCUGCGCGCCCCGCGUCCCGCAGUGUCGAGCAGCGCGGGCUGCUGGAGCCGCAGAUUGAUGACCCUGACAGCAACCUCGAGGAGGUAAUUGAUGAGGCCAACGCUGUCACCUCCGUGAACAAUCUGGGAAGCAAGCAAGCCUUGAAUGCAGACUACAUUGAUUCUGACUAUGAAAUCGGACAGCUGUACCCAUUUCCUCUUAACGGUGACCUCCAGAUGGCCACAUUCCCGCUCACAAAUUCAGUUCCGAUGACCCAGUCUUUCCGGGAACGAUGGCACAUGAAUCUCAACAGCCUCAUGGACCGAGCCUUGAUCCCACACUGCAGUGAAGGCGAAGACCUGUAUAUCCUCGCGGGUGCUGCUCCCUCGGAGCACAGAGUUAAGGGCAAAGUGACUAUCCCUGAAUUCGUCUGGCUGGCAGCUUGCUGUGCAGUCCCUGGAGGAGGCUGGGCCAUGGGCUUCAUCAAACACACCCAGGGCAGUGAUGUCAUAGAAGAUGUGAUGCUGAGAGACCUUGAGAAGCUACUCCCUCAUAAGCCUCAGCUGUUCCAGGACAACUGUGGAGAGACGGAGCAAGAUACAGAAAAGAUGAAGAAGAUUCUGGAAGUGGUCAACCAAGUCCAAGAUGAGGAGCGGUCUGUGCAGUCUCAAGAGAGCGUGAGUCCCCUCGCCAGCACCCAAAGCCAGAGGUCUGCCCUGCUGUCCCCAGAAGCAGCCCCGGAGGAAGGGGGCAGCUUUCUGGGAAAAGUCCUGGGUUUCCUUGCUACCCCAUUCAUUAAACUUUUCCAGUUAAUUUAUUACCUUGUUACAGCAGUCUUAAGGAAUAUAGUCCAUCUCCUUUGGUUGGUUGUCAAGCAGGCAAUAAACACUGUUGAGAGUUGCCUAUACCGUCUGGGCGAAGCCACCGUCUCAUACCUCGUGGCCAUUGGACAAGAGUUGGUGAGCAUUCCCUGGAAAGUGCUCAAGGUUGUGGCCAAAGUCAUCAGGGCCUUUCUCCGGAUCCUCUGCUGUCUGCUGAAGGCUGUCUGCCGAGCUCUGAGCAUCCCUCUCCGGGUCCUUGUGGAUGUAGCCACUUUCCCUGUGUAUACUGUGGGGGCCAUUCCCAUUGUGUGCAAGGACAUUGCUGUGGGCCUGGGCGGCACCCUCUCACUCCUCUUUGACACUGCUUUUGGUACUGUAGGUGGCUUGUUUCAGAUUGUUUUUAGUGUCUUCAAGCGGAUUGGCUACAAGGUUACUUUAGACAAUUCCGGGGAGUUAUAGAAUUUAAAAACCUAGUAAUGUCCAUUGUGGUGAAUUUUGAUUUUUUUUUUUUUAAACAGCACGUUUCUGUUCCUUGUCAGCUAUUGUUUUGUUUGCCCAGCAGGUGUGUAUUUUUCUGCAAAAGAGUACAGCACACUUUAGAUUUGAUCUAAGAGAAAUGCUCAGGGCAGGCUCAGUGCUGUGCCCCAUGUGUGUCUGCAACUAUACAGGUGUGCUUCCCUGCAGCUGCUAACUUUAGCACUGUGCUCCAACUCAGAGGGAAACACCUGGCAUGACCCAGGCUUCUUGUGAAAAGUAUAAAUAAGGAAGAAGAGGAUGACAUUAAAUGCUGUGAGAAAUGGUAUCUUGUGUCUCCCAAUACUCUUGGAGAUUUAAGGCAAACCGGAUCUGAAUAUUGUUGUCCAGUCUCAGCGCCUCCUUUCUUCCUUUCCUACCCACCUGACUCUAGCAACGAGCCAGUGACAGCUCUGUUGAAAUUUCUCCCUCAUGGAGGGCUCUGAUCUUUACCUAGGUCUCCAGAACUUGGUUGAGUUUAAUUUUCUCCCAAAGUCAAUUUUGCUGGGUCACAAUAAGCAUUUUAUGCCAAAUAUAACAUAAUAAAAUUUGAAUGCAGCCCCAGUUAGAGUAGAGCUGGUCCCUCCAGGUGUAGAGGAGGCAGCAUGAAGCAGUGCUGUGUGUCCACCGGCAUGCCUGGGGAGGCUUUGGCCAACUUUGAUUACAUCACUGGUUGGCGACAUUAAACAAAAAGAUCUGCAUGUUAAUCUAAUGUGAAACUUCAUAUUUUGCAGCAUCUAAUCCAUCAAGUGAGUAUUCAGGACCAUAAACCAGUCUGAUUUCUCUCCUGAAACAAUUAUUUGUUAUAACUAUCUAGGUAAUAGAAAAAAAUGAAAACCAUUUUGGUCCUCUUGGGUAGAAGUAUAUGUAUGUACAUAUUUAAGAAUUAUUAUCUCUUAGAUCAUUAUUUUUAUAGUGUGUUUGAGGCUAAAAAAUCUAUCAGUCCUUCAUUAAUGCAAGUUAAAUUUGAGAGCUUAUUUCCAGUUUUGAUCAGUCACUUAUUAUUUUAAAUCUUGCACUAGAAAUUAUAACAAAAGGAGCCAAACUUGCUUUGUGGGAACCAAAUAUCCCAUGGUGAGAAUGGAUUGUCUAGUAUCUUCUUCAUAGCAUUCCAAAGAGUUAGUUGCUAUGAAGGAGAGAAGGGCCAAGUGUUCACUUAACUUGGGGACGUGGCCCACGGUUGUCUGGAAAUUCGUUGCAAAGACUUGGAGUCUAGAAAGAAGACAUAGAGGGGGCAGAACAUCAGCUGUUCCCAGGGAGCUGGUGCGUGAGAAUGUGUGUGGGGGCCGGAAAAGAUUUGACUAGCACCAGAGAGGACCGGCAGCAGCCAGCAGCUCAUCCGGACAGCAGAUGAGCCCUUGCUCAGGUAGCCGCACACCCUUUAUCAAGGCUCCUGGCAGCACCUACCAUGGCUUUCCUCUGUCAAUGGAGGGUGAGGCUUACUCUGGCACUGAUGAGCCCCACCUAGAGGCACAAGGAGGCUGCACUGACCUUGCUUGCGGGGCUAGUGGAAGCUGGUCAUGGUGAGCUAGGACACCCCAUCACACCAGGGUGUGCCUCCCUGGGUGUAACUAGGAUUUUAUCACCAUCGGGAUCAACUGGAUGGGGCAUGGUUAACAAAAUGCCGGGAAUUCACAGAAGACAUUGUGCUGACCGCAUCUCAGUGAAGCCCCCUUACCCUUUCAGUGAAUCAUUUGCAUUCUGAGAGGCCCUAGGAGGGCACUCAUAGUGUACAAACCCUUAUAAGGAAUCAUUUGGAAAUACCCCACCCACCCUGUCUGGUUAUUUAUUUUUGUGUGACUUUUUUGUUAAAUAUGGGAAAAUAUAAUAAGACAAAAAUAUAUCCUUCAGGCUAGAGGGCUGAGACCCUUCAUUCUGGAGUUUCUUGUUGGCAGGGCCUCUGGUUCACUGGAACUAGCUGUAUUUGUUUUUAAAGUCCUUUCAGAUCUCUGCGCUGAUGGCCCAUUCCCAAAAGGCUACUUAGGCUUCUGACAUGAAGGUUAGAAAGCUGAACCCUGUCUUCAGCUUGCAGUUUUUGCUGUGGCUUCGUUCUGUUCUCAGGCCCUUGGGGAUGUGGGCCAACUUUGCCAUUCACAGAGCUGCUUUUCUAGCCUGUGCCAGCCAUGUUCUCAGACACACUGCUCUCCCUUAGUGCCUUUUCCACCCAGUGCAAACCAGGGAAUGGAAGGAGCCCCAAGGAAGCAUCCUCUGCUCUUCCUUCAUCCAUUUACCUAGCAAACGCGUAUUUGGUCAUCAAGGUUGCAGAGGUGGAAAAUGCUCCAUGUGUAAGGAGUUUCCAGUACGGUAGGAAAAGCAUGGCACAGUCCACGCUUUGAUGUAUCAUAGCGAGCGCCACACUGAGGGUAUCUGACCCGUUUCCCGCAGCACAGGAAGAAAACCUGCAAGAUCAGGAAGAUGAACACUCUACAGAGAAUGAGACAAAACCAUGUUGACCAUAACUAUGUACAGUGCUGUGCACCUUGCAGAUGCUCAAUAAAGUCGCUGCUGACAGUCA